ACACGCAGCAAAGCACGCAGCAAAGCACGCCACUGCUUUUCCAGUUUUUGUUUUGUUUGCACAACAACACACACGCGUAGCGCACAUCGUCCACGCCACGCACAACAGCACGACAGCAUCAACCCACCAGCCGUCAUCAUGCACGCAACACUGCUGGUGUGCGUGAUCCUGGCCUGCACGGCCUGGAGCGCACAUGCCAUGGUCUUUGGCAACUACUUUGCAAACUGGGCUCAGUAUCGCCUGGGCAACUACGCGUACACCCCCAAGAACCUCGCUCCAGUGGCGGACAAGUUUGACUACAUUGUCUACGCUUUCGCCUGGAUGAACGGCGGCUGUGAUGGUUGCAAGGGCGACACGGUGUACGACUGGAUUGGCCAGUGCCAGUACUCCAACGGCACCUGCGCCAUGUACUCCAACGGCACGCGCGAUGCUCCCGAGUGCCCCAUGGGUGCCAGCCCCUGCACGGCGAACAACUUCACACUCGUGUCUCCCGAGCCGGCCGACCCCCAGUUCUACGAGCAGGUGGUCGCCUUCAAGAACGACAACCCGGACCUGAAGAUCCUCCUCUCGGUUGGUGGAUGGAACUUCCCCUCCAGCAUCUUCUCGGAGAUGGUCGCCUCCAAGGAGAGCCGCACAGCGUUCAUCAAGUCCACCCAGGAGUUUAUGGACAAGUACAACUUUGACGGCAUCGACGUGGACUGGGAGUUCUGGUGCUCCGGCCCGCGCUCGGACCACAUCAAGCUCUCCAACAAGAGCUUCCACAACCUGUACGACGUCGGCGGCAAGUGCCCCGACGACGGCCAGAACCUGCUCACGCUCGUCACGGAGAUACGCAGCGCAUAUGGCAAGGACAAGAUGAUCACCCUUGCCACGCAGGCAGACCUGCAGAAGAUGGAAUCGAUCGACAUCAAGGCCGUCUCGGAGCAGAUUGAUUACUGGCACCUCAUGGCGUACGACUACUCUGUGUCGGACCUGCCCGAGAUGUGCGGGGAUGCGCCGUGCUUUGCCAACUUCACUGCGCCGAACCAGCCGCUGUAUGCCGUGAAGGAGGGCCAGAUCCCCAAGCACGAUCCGCCCUUCCCCUCGUCCUUCUGGAGCGUCAACUACACCGUGCAGGGCUACCUUGACAAGGGCGCCCCCGCAGACAAGCUUGUGCUUGGCCUCACCUUCUACGGCCACUCGUGGUAUAUCCCCAACCAGAGCAACUGGAAGCGCUUUGGCGUGCCUGCUGCGCUGUCGCACGCGUGCUACGGGCCCUUCAACCCGACGUUUGGUGCGUGGCCCGGUGCCCGCGCGCGCCUGUGCGGCUUGCUCAUCUACAGCGAGAUUGUUGCGCUGAUUGACGAGACGGACCCCGAGCAAAACUUCUUCGACCCGGCCACGCAGAGCGACAUUGGCUACAUCAAGGACGGCUCGCGUGCUGGCGAGGACUUGCGCAAUGCCACGCCCGGUUACGUCAGCUGGAACUCCAUCCGCUCCCUCUCCGCCAUCACUAACUACGCGAAGAAGCAGGGCAUCGCAGGUGUGUUUGCCUUUGACGCGAGCAUGGACGUGUUCGUCGACAAGUCGUACCCGGUUGUCAACGCAGUGUACAACAUCACCUCUGGCGGCAAGCCCGGCUCCAACCAGUGCGACCCGAGCAAGGGCUGCAACGUCUGCAGCGCCUGCUGCAAGUCGUACAUCAAGGUGCGUUCUGGGGUGUAUGGGGCAUGUGGUGUGUUGUGA